UAUUUUCCACUGUUUUGUAAACAAUUGCAGAAAAUUUAUUAAAUCAAUUUUUUUACUGCAUAUACCUGUAUAAUUCACCACAUAAUUGACAAAUUUUUACCCUUACUACUAUAAAGCCAACGGGACUUAAAACUUCAGGUUACCAGUAUUCAAAUCCCUGAUUCAACAAGUGCUGACGUUUCCAGUUCUCUAAAUUUAAGUUUACAAGAAAUACAGGAUGUUUAGGAAGGCCAAACCCAAAGUGGAGCCCCCGCCCACGGCUCCAAGUGUAGAGGAAAUGCUUUCGGACAUGGAAACCUUCGAGGUCAAUCAGCCCACGAUAAGCGGGCCUACGGACAACUCCGACUUGGAGCACGCUCUUCUGACUGAGCCGGAGAACCUUUCCCUUCCCACUUGGUGGCAGGUGUUCGACGAGUACGACCAGAAGGUGAAGAAAUUGUCGACCACCGAGGAAGAUCUGGAGACCCAAAGAAAUCAGCUUAAGGAAUGCUAUGCCAAGUUGGAAAAGAAUGCGGAUAAACUAAGAACGGGCAUACAAAAGCAACAGGCUCUGGUCAAAGGAGCCCUUAAAUGUUAACUUAUAGUUAAGCUAGCUGAUCUAAGACUUUUGUUGAAUGCUUAGUGGUUAACAAUUAAAAGCUAAUAAUUCUAAACGAAA